UACCACCCUAGUCGCAAUGUUCUUGCGCGUAGAAGUUGUUCUCGAUGUGCGCUUAUAAAAGUUUUUCUUAAGUGGACAAAAAAAUAUUAUUUAAAUAAAACGCAUUAUGGACUGCCAUCAUCGUAUUGAAGUGCCACUGCGGUCUGGUGGUGGCAAGAAGAUGAAAAAACGACGAGAACUGGACGCUUUGAUAGCACAUUCCAUUACAAAAAAAGGUUCCCACCGCACUAUUCACUCACAGGACAAAUUGCUGUCAGUAUCCACGGAUGACCCUGAUGACUACACAUGGAUGAAUGUUGAGGGCACUACCCGACGAGGUCAUCGAAAAAAACUUUACUUUCGCAAGUGUGCACCAUUCCUGUUUGGGAUAACUACAGCUUUAUUUGUUGGUAUAUUGUACUGGCUUUACUUCGAUUUAAGACAGCAAAUUUCCGAUUAUCGUCAAAAAGUUGAAGAAGUCUCUGCCAUAAGCAAAAUAUUUCCGGAUACACUCCAGCAGUGGCAUGAAACAACAUCAUUCCUAAUCAAAAACCAAACAUUUGUAAUCAACCAACUCAAUGAAUUGAAUCAAAACGUUAACGUUUUGAAUGGCAAUUUAAGUAGUCUCCAAGAGACUGUCAAGGCCCAGAGAAAUUAUGGCCAAGACGAGAAACUUGUGGCCGACUUUGGAGCCAAGCUAGAGGCUGUUGUAACGGAUAUUGAUGGCAUUAAGGAACACUAUAAUAGAUAUGUCGAGCUACAGAAGGGCCUGCGAUCCGAUAUGGAAAUGAUCAAGGUCAACGUUAGUCAAUUAGCAACGAUUAAGGAAAGCGCUGCGCCAGCAAACUUUUCAAAUGACGUCAACACGCUCAAUCAAACGAUGCAAAAUGCAUUGACAAAGUUGGAAAGCGAUCUUAUGAAUGUUAAUAACACUCUUAUCCAGUCAAUAAAAAUUAUUAACGGCGAAAUCGUGUCGCACAAGAAUAAAUUGGACGACUUGUUGGAUCGCUCACAAAGCAUAACGGCUCAUGUAACCACAUUAAGCAACAAUUGGCAAGAGUUCCAGCAAAAAAUAAUAAGUGUCAACGAACAGCUGGAUAAAAUGAAAGGAAAGUUGACGAUAACCGAUAACAAGAACCGUAUGCUUUCGAAUGCUAUUGAUCAGUUGAUGUCGUUGUAUAAGAAACCUGCUGACUCGCCAACAACUCAAUUGAACCAGGAAGAUGCGACCAACAAUGAGAUUGAAGUAACGACUCCGGCAAAUUUAACGGUUAACGUCAGGGAAUCAUCAACGCGAUAAUCUAAAAAUAUUUUAAUUAAAGGAAAAAAUCCUUUAUGUACAGUUCUUAUAAUUCAUAGAAGAUAAUUUUAUUAUCAUCA